AUGGAAGCCAACCCAAUGACCAUAUCCGAAAAACCUUCAGUGCUUAUGGAAGAAAACAAAUACGAUCCUGAAGACCCUCAAGUCGAGCAAUAUGAUCCAGCUUUGAUCAAGAAAGCCAUUCGAAAAGUAGAUUGGGCGAUUUUACCACUUUUGACCCUCCUUUACCUCUGUUCGUCUUUGGACAAAUCGAAUCUCGGAAAUGCCAAAUCUUUGGGAUUAGUCAAAGAUCUUGGGUCAGACCCUGAAGGCAAGAAAUACGCCUUUUUGAAUUCUCUGUAUUACAUCAGUUAUGCUCCUUUCAUGGUACCCUUUGCCCUUCUGGGUAAACAAACACGAAUGGGAAAACUGCUUGCUUGCGCUGCUUGUUUCUGGGGUAUCGCCGCUACUUGCUUUUCGGCGGUACGAAACUUCCCUGGAGCGUAUGCGUGUCGUUUCUUCAUCGGUCUUGGGGAGGCUGGAUUCGUUCCUGGCUUCUUCAAUGGUAUCAUUGCUUAUGGUGUCUCGCACAUUCAUUCGAAACGCCUCGAGUCUUGGCGGAUCCUCUUCUUGAUCGAGGGUGGUGCCACUUUACUCAUUGGGGCUUUUGCGGUUUACUGGCUGCCCGAAGGUAUCCCAUCGUGGCGAAUACUCUCUGAGAAAGAGAAGGAGUUUUUGAUGUACGAGCGAUCUCUCGAUUACGCCGAGGAACAUCAUAAGAUCAAUUGGAAACAUGCCUUAGGCUGUGCUUAUCGAUGGCAACAACUGCUUCCUGCGCUCGCCAACAUGUGUCAACAAAUCACCGGAGCGGCUCUCUCUGCAUAUCUGCCCACCUUCACGGCUGAAAAUGGUUUCACCGGCGCUACAGCCCAAAUCGCUACUCUCGCCCCUUAUGGUGCUGCUGCUGUGGUCAUGAUCCUCUGCGCUUGGUUCUCAGACAGAAUGAAGAACAGAGGGUUGUGGACGCAAGUUGGAUGGGCCUUGGAGAUUGCUGCAUUCGCCAUUUGGCUUGGUGUACCUAGCUCUGCUCACAAAGCUCGUUUCGCUGCCCUUGUGCUGGCCGAAGUUGGGCAUUACGUCUGUACACCUCUCAUUGUCACUUGGCAAGCUAACAAUUCUGGAAACGAGUCCCGUCGUGCUGUCGCCGUACCCGGUGCUGUCUCUCUCGCUCAAGCAGUCGCUGUCGGGUCUGGGUAUCUUUUCCCUUCUACUGAUUCACCGAAAUACUCCAUGGGUUCCGCUGUCAUCUUAGCUUUAUCCUGUGCAGGUGCUGGCUUCACCGGUUUUUACCAAUUCAUGAUCUGGAGAGAGAACAGAAAGCGAGAUGAAAGAGAAAGUGGACCACCUGCCAUUGACUUCAGGCCAGAUACCGCUACAUACGCAGAUGAUGCUCCUGGAUUCCGAUACAUGAAGUGA